AUGCCAGCAACAACUACAACAACAACGACAACAACAACUUCAAAUCAAGCAUCACAAAAAGACAAUAUUAUUGAUUUAUGUACAUCAGCUGGAGAAGUUUUUUCUAAAUUUGGUGUUUUAUUACGUGAUCUUGAUAUUUGUCAUCAACGUUCAUUGUCAAAUAAUGAACAAGAUCAACAAUUAAUAGGUUGGGAUGAACAAAGUGUAACAAUGCUUCGUCAAGCUGUAGAAGCAUUUGCAAUUAGUGUACGAGAUAUUUCAACUGUCGUAGCAGAAAAACGGAUUCGUGAACGAUAG